AUGGCCAUUUCGAUUUAUUUACUUAUUCAUGUUAUGGAAACAACAAAAACAACUAGCACAACAACUACUAGUACUCAACUCCGUUGGAAUUCAACAGGCUCGACAAUAGUUGGCAUAACGAGUUCAUCAGGUUCAGCUUCAAAUCAAUUAUAUACUCCUUAUCAUUUAACAUUAGAUUCAAAUGAUUCACUUUAUGUUGCUGAUUACGAUAAUCAUCGAGUUCAAAAAUAUUUAAAAGGUGCAUCAACUGGAACGACAGUAGCUGGUAAAAAUGUAACAGCAACUACUGCUUUAGAUAAUUUAUAUUAUCCAACUGGAAUUAUUGUUGACUCAAGUAUGAAUAUAUAUAUAGCAGAUACAAACAACAAUCGAGUUAUGUUUUGGUCGAAUGGUGCAUCAUCAGGAACACAAAUAGCUGGUUCAAAUCAACUCUAUUAA